AUGCCUAGCCGGCCACGCCCGAAUAAAGUGACGAAGCCCGCGCCAGGGUCUGGAGCUCGUAGAGGCAGCCGUCAAUCGUCUCUUUCUGCUGCAGCCCAGGAGCAGCUCGAGCAAUACGCAAAGGAAGCUGCCAACUCGACCGUCAACCAUGACUCCACGACGCUUGAAGAUGCCAUUGAAGAGAGCCCCAUUGAGUCUGCCGAUAAGUUCACAGCCAUCAACUUGCUCGCCAAUGGAGGUUCCAUGACGCCUCUUCACGGCGCUCUUCGCUCCGCCGACGACUUUCAGCUUGACCACCAGAUGCCCGAUCAUUCAUCCCCAGAAGAUCCGGCAGCUCGAACUGCAGCAGAUUUGGCCUAUGCCGCCUAUGGGGACCAGGUCAAAAUCGACAGUGCUCUGUGCAAGAAGCUCGCCGCUGAGGUUGCGUUGCGAGAGCCGACUCAGCGUCGCGUCGACCAGAAGCUCAACAUUGAGCGUCGAAGCAAUGUUGAGGCUCUGCUCGCUCACAUGACGGGACAAUCUGCCCCCAAGCCUUGCAAGAAUUGCCACAAGGGCCAUGGACCCUGGACCCAAUGCGUUGUGUAUGACGGCCAGAUGUGUGGAAGCUGUACAAACUGCUGGUUCAACGCAAGUGGCUCAAGGUGCACGUUUCAUGAGAACAACCAUCCCCAACCGCAAACCUUGUUCGCAGCAUCUGUCGCGGCCUCGGCAAAUCUCAUGGCUCUACAACCACCCGCGCUAUCGCAGUCUACAUCACCCAACGCGAGCACCAAUCUCUCCGCAGACAUCACCCAAUGGGGCCUGUCUGAGUCAACCAAGCAGUUGAUCACCCAGACAAUCACUGACGUAGCCACCUUCUCUCGAAGGGAUCGUUUUCUUGCGCGAAUCGAAGCCGCUGCUAAGGAGCUCGGCAUGCGAAUUGCAGAAUACGAAGAGUUUCUCAGGACCCCUGAGGGCAUGGCGGAACAAAAUGCUGCCUUGGAGAGGGAGCGCGCCCAGAAUAGCCACACUCAGGCUACUGAGGCUUCGAUGGCUGACGCCCCUUCUGACGAAGUCCUGAGUUGA